ACGAAACCUCUUCGCAUCUCGGACUCUUCCCCGGUAUAAAAGAACGUAACAUAGUGAUUCACAGACCCAUUGCUUUACACGUACUCGACCACUAGAACACGGAAUCAGAAAGUGAAGCGGUUUACACAGUUUGCAGUCCAAGAUGCGGUGGUUAACAAUGAUCCUGUUCUGCGCAAUGCUUUCAACCACACUAGGGAUUCCCGAUCCAAAAAAGUACAAGCAAGAUUCAAUACAAAAAGAUAAAAAACCGGAUGCUUUAACAAGCGAAGAAAGAAAUUUUCUUAGAGAAGUUGAAGAAAAAUUUGGAGUAAAAUCAGAAGUUCCUCUCGACAGUAAAAAUGAGAAAGAAGAGAAACCAGUAGAAAAAAAUAACACAGACAGCGCCUCUACUGACAAAAAAGCAUUUCCAGCUGUUAUAGCAAUAGAAAUUGUGAAUGAUACUGACUCACAAUCCAAAGGCAAGAGAACCAUUGAUGCAAAUCUUGGAUACGGUUAUAGAACUGACAAUGGUUAUUCUUACUCAUACUUUGGUAAAUCAAACCAAGACAAAGGUAAAUUUGUAAUCUAUCCUUAUUCACAAGAAGAUCCUCCCAAGUACAAUAUUCCCGAAAAUAAAUACGCGACCACAGCCGAUGGGAAAUAUUCUACUAAUGUUGAAAUACAACCCUCGCAAGCCUAUGAAUUAGUACCCAUAAAGGAAGAACAACCUUCUUAUGAGUACAAGAAGCCUGCUAUUGAAUUUAAAACCCCAUCAAGUGGUUACUCCGGUGGAAGAACAGCACAGACAUUGUAUACGACAUACAAUGGUCAAGAAUUGUCUAGCUUAAGUGGACAGUUCCCCACGGUGAUGCCUAAUUACUUUGUAAACCCAUCUCAGCUUCUUCAAAAUCCUCAUUACCAGAGUGCUGGACUAACACAAGAUCAUCUUCGCCCUCAUAGUUCAAAUUUAAAUCAAAAUCAGAGAAUAGUCCCCGUUUUAGUACUGCGUGUACCCAGUUCCUAUCUGAAAAAUCCUAGUUCAGAAUUGUAUGCUAAUUUGCCUAGAAAUUAUCCGUUAUCACAACAUUUAAACACUGUUAAUCUGCAAAGUUUGGUGAACCAGUAUUUUAAGAAGAACGGGUAUACAUUUGCACCGAAUGUAAUGUCUUAUCAGAGCCCAGCAACUAUAUCUGGAGCUCCGCAGCACCAUUACUCACAACCUUAUGUCAAACCUAUUUACACUCAGGCAGAUUACUCCGGUGUGCAAUACUCUGCAGUAAAACCCGUUAUGGCAAGGUAUCCAUCGACUUAUACACAACAAAAAUAUUUAGUGCCACAAUCUCAAGUUCAAUAUCAAAACCCUCCACAACAGCAAUAUGAAUAUCAAUACCAAUACGUACCACAAACGCAGGUAAAAAUGCAAACGUAUUACAUUCAACCAAAUUAUCAGGAAACGUCACAAGAAGCAUCAGUAUCUGAUGGAUACCAAGACCAGCAAUCUGUUGUUCAACAACAAUCUAAUGAUGAAAGUGUAUCGAAUGACGAGUAUAGAACACAAUAUACAAAUAAUCAAGAGGCUAAAGAAGCAGUGGAAUAUGAAACUCAAAAUGUUCCACAGCCGACAGAACAACCAGAACAACCUCAAUACGUGUCAGCGAAUCCAGAGUCAGCUAAUUACGCUGUAAGUAAUGAAAAUCAAGAAUAUUCGAACGAACAAGUGUCAGCUGAAUAUCCUUCAGUAGCGAUUCCCUCCUACACUUCAUCGUCACAAUAUUAUUCUCAACAAUCUGAUCAAAAGAAUAGUAUAUCAGUAUAUCCAUCUAAGUUAAUACACACAGAACAAUAUCAAGAACCAGAGGCACCUGCGGUUUCAGCUCAAGAUUAUUCCUACUCAAGUCAGGAAACUGAAAAUUCUGGCAAAUCGCUCGUGCUUUCAGAGAACUAUCCCAGCAAAGACCAUACAAUUGCUACUGUUUUACCUUACACAUAUAAAACAGCCAGGAGGCCUACACAAACCAGUGUCCAAGCAGUUAGCUAUGUAACUCCAAUGCCAAAUACUAAAUACCAGUCGCAGUACAAGAUUAUGGUACCACAGACCGUGUUUAGGAAUGCCAAUAGCGAAAAGGUAUCUUACGUUAACUCUCAUUCUAUACCUAUGCACUACACGCAAAUUGGAAACUAUCCUGAUUCUAGCUCCGAAAACGAAUACACUGCUGGAAGUCAAUACGUGUCUUCGGUGGUAAGCAAACCUUUUACUAGGAAUACACAAACUCAAUCCAAAAGAAUGGCUAAACCGGAAAGAAAGCCAGAAGGAUCUUCAAGGACUAGCUCUAAGAAAACAAGUCAAAGGGGAGACGUGAAACAUUCACAGUAACUAAAUUUCGUAAUGAAUUUGAAGUUCUGUUUUGAAUUCCUUGUUAAUAGCAUAUGUGUGAAAUGCACGCAAUAAUAUUAUCAAUAAGUAGACAAGAUUGCUGAAGUCCUACCUAUAAUAUGGCCGAGGUACGAUUAACCCCGUGGAUUUACUUUGGGAAACUUCAACCUUCUAUAAUGAUAACAUUAUAGUGUAUGUAUUGUAGACCUAAUUUUGACUUUGAAAAAUAUGUGGUAAUAGUAAAGCUGUUUGAGACAGAGCUUGUCCAUAGAAAUGUUUUGUAACUGCAGUCAGGCAGCUACUGGUAUGCUAUGUUCCUGGUUUGAGGGUGUCGCUGUAAUUAUAGGCACAUGGCAGUAUUUUACUUUUAUAUGGUGAUUUGUCACUUCUUCUUCCACUGUCAUGGUAACAGCUGGAGAGCUAGCCAACAUUUUUGGGUAUGUCAACCCCUAUAUCUGCAAGGUGAAGAUUUUUUUUUAAAUAUAAAAGAAUACAAAACAUAUACUUGAGGAAGGAAUUGAGUUAGAAGAGAGUUGAUUCCCAGCUCAAUUUCCAGUUCUGUGUUAGGGUAGCGAAGAAGAGGUACAAGACAAAUUUUCAGCUUGCCUCAAAAAUCUACCCAAAAAUGACGAUCAUCUAUCGGACCUUAGGCCAAUCAGAAUAUUCAAAGAAAAAUUUGAUUUCAAAAGAUGUAUAAUUUGUUGUUUUAUCGUUUGCGCUUUAAGCGGUUCUAAUUAUUUUGUGACUGCAUGUGUAUUGUUUAUUUAUAUUUAGCAUAAAGUGUAUUUCUGUUUAAGGAUGUAGAAUGAAAUAACGUAGAUGAAAUUGUGAAGAUUAUCGUAUUCGAUACGGAUCAGUGAAGUGAAUAUGUUUAGUUGUAAAACGAAUCACAAAUAUUCAAAAAUGUUUCGAAUUCUUUAAAAAUGCAGUAUGAUUUUAAUCAUUACUAUUAUUCAAUAUAAUUAACUACCAUAUUCAAACUAUUUUGAGGUUUUGAAGUGUUAUUUUAAACUUGGUUGCUAAAACUACUGUAGUAUUACUAUUUAUAUGAGUCGAAUACUAGAUUAAGCCUUGUACUAUUGUGUUGUGUGUUUAAGCUAUAGAAGCAUGCAUCUAGGAGGCCCCAGACGAGUGUGUAUGUCUACUUUUAUUCAUGGAGUCCAGUUUAAUUAAAGACACAUCAGGUUAAGUGUUUUUCAUCCUAUAUUGUUGUAUUAUUUUCGUUAUACAUCAGCUGAGAGGGCUGUUUUAUGUGCAAUAUUUUUAACUAGUUAAGAAAAAGAGAAAUAUUGUUAGGUAGUUGCUGUAAUUGUUACCUUUAUAUAAGAGAUUAUUAAGUGAAAAAUGUUGUUUGGAAUAAAAGAAUAAAAGAAAAUC